CUCAGGUUCAGAAGCAGCCUAGCAGGCACCAGAGCCAAAAUGAAGAACCCAGCUGCUGUCCACAGCUGCAGCAUUGUGCUGGUCUUUCCUUUACUGCUGUCUGUCCUCCAUACUGCUACUGCACAAAAGAAUGACAUCGACAUCUACAGCCUUACUGUGGACUCCAAGGUUUCAUCCCGGUUUGCACAUACGGUUAUCACCAGCCGAGUGGUCAACAGAGCCGAUACCGUGCGGGAGGCCACCUUCCAGAUGGAACUGCCCAAGAAAGCCUUUAUCACCAAUUUCUCCAUGAUCAUUGAUGGCGUGACCUACCCAGGAAACAUCAAGGAGAAGGCCAAAGCCCAGGAAGAGUACAGCACUGCAGUGAGGCGGGGAGAGAGUGCAGGCCUUAUCAAGACCACUGGGAGAAAGACGGAGCAGUUCCAGGUAUCAGUGAACGUGGCUCCUUCUGCCAAGGUCACGUUUGAGCUGGUGUAUGAAGAGCUACUUAGGCGGCAUCUGGGAGCAUAUGAACUACUGCUAAAAGUGCAGCCCCAGCAGCUGGUCAAGCACCUGCAGAUGGACAUUCACAUCUUUGAGCCUCAGGGAAUCAGCUUCCUGGAGACAGAGAGCACUUUCAUGACCAAUGAGCUGGAAGAUGCCCUCAUGACCUCACAGAAUAAGACCAAGGCUCACAUCCGGUUUAAGCCAACACUGUCCCAGCAACAAAAGUUUCCAGAUCAAGAGGACACAGUCUUGGAUGGCAGCUUGAUCAUCCGCUAUGAUGUGAACCGGACUCUUUCUGGGGGCUCCAUUCAGAUUGAGAAUGGAUACUUUGUGCACUACUUUGCUCCUGAGGACUUGCCCACGAUGCCCAAGAAUGUGAUCUUUGUCAUUGAUAAGAGCGGCUCCAUGAGUGGCAGGAAAAUCCAGCAGACCCGGGAAGCCCUAAUCCAGAUCCUGAAUGACCUCAGCCCCAAAGAUCAGUUCAACCUCAUUGUCUUCAGUGGGGAAGCAACCCAGUGGAAGUCAUCAUUGGUGCCAGCCUCAGCUGAGAAUGUGAAGGAGGCCACAAGCCAUGUAGCCAGCAUCCAUGCCCUGGGAGGGACCAACAUCAAUGAUGCCAUGCUGAUGGCCGUGAAGCUUCUGGAGAGCAGCAACAAGGCUGAGCUGCUGCCUGCAAGGAGCAUCUCCAUCAUCAUUCUGCUCACUGAUGGUGACCCCACUGUGGGUGUGACAGAUCCCACAAGGAUACAGAAGAACGUACAAGAAGCCAUAGGAGGCCAGUACAGCCUCUUCUGCCUGGGCUUUGGAUUUGAUGUCAGCUACACCUUCCUGGAGAAGAUGGCACUGGAAAACAAUGGUCUGGCACGACGCAUAUACGAGGAUUCAGACUCUGCCCUACAACUCCAGGACUUCUACCAGGAAGUGUCCAGCCCACUGCUGUCAGCCGUGGCCUUCGAGUACUCAAGCAAUUCUGUGGAAGCCAUCACAAAGGACAAUUUCCGGCUCUUCUUCAAAGGCUCAGAGAUGGUGGUGGCUGGGAAACUCCAGGACAAGGAUCUUGAUGUUCUCUCAGCCAAAGUCAGUGGGCAGAUGCACAUGCAGAACAUCACCUUCCAAACUGAGUCCAACGUGACCCAGCAGGAGGAGGAGUUCCGGAGCCCCAAGUACAUCUUCCACAACUUCAUGGAGAGACUUUGGGCCUACCUGACCAUCCAGCAGCAGCUAGAGCAGAUUAUUUCUGCACCAGAUACCGAUUCACAGGCCCUCCAGACCCAAGCUCUGAACUUGUCACUCAAGUACAACUUUGUCACUCCUCUCACAUCUAUGGUGGUCACCAGGCCUGAAGGCCAAAAAGAGUCUGUUGCUGAAAAGCCUGUGGAAAACAGUGAAGAGAACAAACAGAAGACAGUCGUCUCAGGAGGUUAUAAUCCUUCCAUAUUUCGUGCCAAAGGAGCCCGACUGUCCAGACUAACAGAUGCAGCUAGAGGUCUCUCUAAAAUGAAUGGACAGCCUGGACCUCUUCUUCCUUCUAGACGUCUCAGACUCCCAACAAAGACCUGGAGAGACCCAGUAGAUUUGCCAUUCCUUUUUGCAGCCAGCCCCACUGUUGCACAGAUGGCUCCCUCAGAUCCCCAUCAGACUGUAUUACAUGGUGUGGAAGUUCAAAUCAAAGAAACCACCCAAAUACACCCUUCCCAAGUCCCCUUUCAGGCUCCUGCUGUCACUAUGUCACUGCCUGGGCCCACAGUGAACCGGCUCUGUGUGGACAUCAAGCGCUCUCAAGGACCCUUGAACCUGCUCUCAGACCAAGGCCAAGGACUUGAGGUUACUGGCCAGUAUGAAAUGGAGAAGGCUGGAUUCUCAUGGAUCAAGGUGAUCUUCAAGAACCCCCAGCUGCGGGUUCAUGCAACCCCUGAACAUGUGGUAGUGACUCAGAACCGAAAAAACUCUGCAUACAAGUGGAAGGAGACAUUGUACUUGGUGCUGCCUGGCCUGAAGAUGACCAUGGACAAGAAAGGCCUCCUACUGCUCAGUGGCCCAGACAAAGCAACCAUUGGUGUAUUGUCCUGGCAUGGCCCUGAGAAGGGGCUCCUGCUCCUUCUUCGUGACACUGACCGCUUCUCCAGCCUCGUCAACGGGACCCUUGGCCAGUUUUAUAAGGACCCAGUUUGGAGCCCACCAGAAACAGAAGAUGACAGCAGAAGGACAUUGAGGGUCCAGGGAACAGACUAUUCUGCUACCAGAGAGGUCAAGUUGGAUUAUCAAGAGGGGACCCCAGGGACAGAGAUUUCCUGCUGGUUGGUGGAGCUGUAGUGCAGAUGGGAGUAUCUGUACCCUCUAUGACAUCUUGUGAUGGGAAGAUAGCUUCCAAUCUAUGGCUGAGGGGCACUGGUAGGGCCUGGAUGUGAUGGGGAGGGGGCAUCCUAUGCAUUGAAUAAAGAAAGGUACUGUAAGCCCAG